AUGGCAACCAUGGAAUCACAAGCCCGGCCCGUUGACACGUCGUCUGCGCCUUACAAUGGCCCAGGGGCUUUCCCAACGGGAGGAGCACCGCCCGCAGACAAGUAUCUCCAGUCGCAGCCUGAGUACGCCCAACCGACUCGUCCGGAGGAUUACCCCCGCCCGUCCCGAGAAGAGGACCCUCCGCGCAAAUCCGACCAGUAUUCCAUCCGCCAGAACCAACCAGCGCCGCCCUACAUCACAUAUGGUCAUCCUCCCCCGAUCCCAAAGGUCGCCGUCCAGCCUCCGGUGGUCGAGAAGAUGGCUGGGCCGGCCGCUUACUACCCGGCUCCUCCCUCCCAAGCGGGAACCAUGGCCGAGCUGCCCCGCCCUGCCGCUGCGCUCCAGCCGAUCACGACCACAACCCAGGAUAUCCGGUCGCUGAAGACGAGCACGCAGUUCGCUAUGCGAGAGUACCUCUCUCUCAUGCGCAAGAGACGCCCCGACGGCUCGUCGACGAUGGAGCUAGAGGAUCAAAUUCGGGCGCAAGGCCGCAUCUUGGUUGGGGACCUGAAGACGCUGCGAAAGGAGGUUGGGGUGUUGAUCAAGGAGGGCGAGAACCACCGUUGGAGGAAUUGGCUCAUUGGAGGAGCUGUGGCAACCUUCAUCCCAGCUGUUAAGCGCGUCUUCCGUCGGCCUUCCUCAUCUGAGGGCAGGUCAAGCAUCCAGGCGAGCAACAACACCGAGUACGCCUUUUCUAAGAGCAAGGCUAUGUUGGCGCGCAUCAAAGACAGCGUUCUCGGUCGCAACAGCUUUGCCAGCAUUGCCUUCUUCGUCUUCGCCGUGCUUUACAUCUUCUCGAACGAGGUCUCCCUGAUGGUGGCCAAGACCGUCUCGAAGCGGCUGAAGCGGCUCGGCGCCAAGAUCGAGCGCGGCGAUGUUGAGGUUGUUGACAGCGAUAUGAAGCUGCUUGAGGGGUGGAGAUGGAGAGUCCUUAUGUGGGGGCAGCAGCAGGCCGUCCCCAAACUAGGUUGGCUGUUCACGCACAUCCUAUCGCAGAUGGCCGGCGAAAAGAGGUCGCAUCCUGAUGCGAACGCAAAUCAAGCAGAAGGCUCGUUCGAUUCUCACAAAUUUCGGCGCAUUGGACGGCCUACUUUCGAAGCACCACGACCAAUAGAGCCUGGCACCCACGCAGACGCGUAUUAUCGCGACUUAUACACCGGCACGCACGAUUACGCUGCGUUGGGCCAAAAGCACACCAAACUUGGCGCGAAACUCAGCGGAAACACACUCGACUUUAAUGACCCGCAUGCCGUCAUCGCACUCAACAGCGCACUGCUGAAGGAGCAUUUUGGUCUCCAAGUCGAUUUGCCUGCUGACCGGCUAUGUCCACCUAUCGCUCAAAGACACAACUACAUCCUGUGGCUCAAGGAUCUACUCGACAGCACUUCCUACGAACAGCCAGAUCAUAGAAGAAUCGUCGGUAUGGACAUUGGAACUGGUGCAUCAUGUAUCUUCCCUCUCCUUGGAUACACACAACGGAGAUGGUCCUUCUUCGCAACAGAUAUCGACGAUAAGAGCAUCUUCUACGCAAAAGAAAACGUCAAACUCAAUGAUCUGCAAAAUUACAUUAGUGUCGUCAGACGCAGCCCCGAAGAAAAGUUGGUGAAUCCUGAGGGACUCGGUGUGGAUCACCUGGAUUUUGUGAUGACCAAUCCCCCAUUCUACACUUCUGAGGAAGAGGUCAAAGCAUGCGAACAGUCAAAGGCUACAGCCCAGGAAAAUCAUUUCGCCAUCGCCGCCAAUGAGCAAUUCACUGAAGGCGGAGAAGUCGCGUUUGUGGGCCGGAUCCUGGAGGAGUCUCUCGAGUUGAGGGAGCAGGUGCAGUGGUACACCAGUAUGUUUGGCAAGAAGGCCAGUCUCGACGCCACCUUGGAGAAGCUUCGAGAACAUCAGAUUGACAACUUUGCGGUGACUGAGUUCAUCCAGGGACCGAACUCGAAGACCAAGAGAUGGGCUGUUGCGUGGAGCUUUGCGGCGAUGAGGCCUUGCAACAAGGCUGCGAGGGGCUUGGCAGCAGCUCAAUGGAGGGCUAUGCUUCCUCCAAACACUGAGACGGAGGUUGUGGAGUUUCCAUUGGAUAGGGGCGUUGGAGCUCUGGCAAACAAUCUGCAAGAGGUGGCGAAUUCUUUGGAUUUGACAUCAUGGGAGUGGGAUCGGGAGCAGCUCGUUGGUAUCGGCAGAGCAAGAGAGGAUGUGUGGAGCCGAGCAUGGAGAAGGAAAAAGAUGCGCGAAGAGAGGGAAGGGAAGAAGCCUGAGGAUAUCUCGACACCCGAGCAAUGCGCGUUCGGUUUCGAGCUUGCCCUCGAGGUCGGGGCGGAGAGGAUUAAGGUCAUCUGCCGGUGGAGAGAAGGGCACUCCAAGCCCCUUUAUGACAGCUUUUGCGGCUUCGUAAAGACCAAACUGUCAAAGUCCAAUUGA